AAAUAGCUUGAAUAAAAGCCCACUUGUGAUUCGUCGUAAGUACACGGAAGCCCGUGUGGGUUGGAGCAGGCCAGAUUCAGGGCAUUUGAGUUCGAGUGAAAAUCAGGAAAUGGCUGAGGUUUCACCCACUACCAGCACCACUUAAGCCACGGUAUCCCCUUCUCCGAGUCUACAUUUGUUCUGGGCAGGCCGGAAGUUUCCUCCCUUUUGUGACUAAGAACUAGACAGCAGAGUGGAGAUUUCUGCCUGACCACCAGGAGCAGGUGCAGUCAGGCCCAGCCACGGCGUGGGCUGGUGCCUUCCCUCCCAUCCCUGAUGGCUGGCACAGUGCUGGGAGUGGGUGCCGGCGUGUUCAUCCUAGCCUUGCUCUGGGUGCUGGUGCUGCUGCUGUGUGCGCUGUUAUCCAGAGCCUCCGGGAUUGCUAGGUUCUCCAUCAUUUUUGUCUUCCUUGGUGCUCUGGUCAUCACAUCAGUUCUAUUGCUUUUCCCCCGAGCCACUGAACUCCCAGCCCCAGAAGUUGAAAUGAAGAUUGUGGAUACCUUUUUCAUCGGCCGCUAUGUGCUGCUUACUCUGCUCAGUGUCAUCUUUCUUGGAGGCCUCUCCUUGGUUCUAACCCACCAUGUGCUGGAGCCAAUCUAUGCCAAACCACUGCGGUCCUGAUGAUCAUUUCUGAGGAAACCAAGACUCUUCUCCUGUCCUUUUUGAUGUCAUCCUGAAAAAGGGGCAGUUUUCACAUCUUCUGACCAAAGGAAUAUCCACUUACCACUAAGACAAAACUGUCUUGAGUUCUGGCUUCCAGAAACAAAUUGCAAAAUAGACCCCGAGGCCAUGGAAUCUCAGUUGACUUCUUAGACCAUGUACUUCAGGGUUUCCAUCUGUUUUGAAAGGGAAAUAGUUACGAUGAUCUGCUUAGAGUACACUUUCAAUCAAUUUGUUAGUAGUAGAUUUUGGAAAAAAAAAUUUUCUUCUGUUGUCCAAUAAAAGAUCCUGAUUCUU